UUAUUACACCAUUGGUCAAUAAUGUCCUUCCGUAUCAACGGCAACAAGGCUUUUAUGUGACUAGGGCAUAUACAAAUUGCCAACAAAAGCAUGCAAAAUGCAUGGGAGAAGCUACUUGUGAACGCUGUAUACUACGUGGCCUUGAAUGUACUUUUAUUGAUUCGGGUAAAAAACGUGGGCCGAAGAUAAAUGGUAAACACACAAAACGAGUUUAUAUUUUUAACGGCCUUGAAAAUGACUUUGAUGGAACAUCUACGCAAUUCUUAAUGCCGUGCAGGAUCACUCAUCGACUUUAUCAUCGUCAUCUGGAUAUCCCAACAGCCAGAUAA